AUGUCAUCUCUACGGCCGUCGAAACUCAGUGGCAGCAGACUGCCCACCGUUGCAAAGAGCGGCUUGGCAAGCGCCAGCGGGUUGAAACGACCCCUGAGCCAACCGAACCUCAAUGACGAAACAAAGAAGGCGCGGCCGGAAGCCAAAGGAGAGCUCGAGAAACCGAGAGCUCCGGUUCGGGGUGCGUCCGCUCCGGCAGUGCGUACCGGUCUGGCCCAAAGAGCGGCGAGGGCUGCUGUAAAUGCAUCGAAUGCCGCGGGAAAUACAACCGGCUCGACCUUGUCGAGGAGCUCCAGCAACCUCAGCAAGAGGGGCAAUGCGAGCACCAUCGGCCGAUCUAAUAGCGUCAGCGGGCGUGCAGGUUUGGCGGGUCGGAAUCCUGUGAAUAAAGGGCCGACAUGGAGUCAGAAAGAGAUCUGCGAGAAGCUAGCGAACCUCGAGAAACAGAUGGCAGAGAAUACUCAGGCUGCCAAGGAGCAGAAUGAGCAGCUGGUUUCGGAGAAGGAGGCUCUCACAGUUGAAUCCACGAGGUACAAAGAAGAAAUUCAAGACAAGAUCGAAGAAGUUGGGGUUCUUAAACGCGAGAAGAUGGACCUCACUUCGAGACUCGAAGAUUGUCAAGAAGAGCUCAGCCGGCUGAAGACCCGCUUAGAGUCGAAAAGUCUCGAAUUGGAAAGCCUGGAAAAGAGCUAUCAGGCCCUAAACGCCGAGCAUCGUUCCUACAAACGCGACAUGGACCUCAAGGAAGCCGAUAAUAAACGUCUCACGAGCUUGUUGGAUCAAGAGAAAGCUGAAACGAGGAGAUUGAGUUCAGAGCUCGCGGAAGCGAUUCGAGAAAAAGAAGCGGCGAGAGCCCGAAUGCGAGAGAACGAGACCCGUCUCAGGUACAUACACAACCAGAUGCUCGAACUUAAGGGCAACAUUCGCGUUUUCGCUCGGAUCCGACCCGUCACCGAAGAAGAGGGCGAAAGCGCAGUCGCAACAGCCCCCGAGGAGACUCUUACCGUGGCCAAACCGAACCCGAAAACCGGGGAGCCGAUCGCGGUUCCAUUCCAAUUCGACCGCGUUUUAGGCGCGGAUGUUCCUCAAUGUGACGUUUUCGAGGAAGUUGAGCAACUGAUUGUAUCGGCGUUGGACGGAUAUAAUAUUUGCAUAUUCGCCUACGGACAGACCGGUUCCGGUAAAACAUAUACGAUGGAAGGGCCCCCGAGUCUCGAGUUCGAAGACGAAAGCCAAGAAGUUCAUCUGGGAAUCAUCCCCCGAGCCAUCCGGAGAGUCUUCCAACUCACCGAAGAGCGCAAGGAGAACGGCUGGGAAUACACUCUUGGGGCGUCGUUCAUCGAAAUCUAUAAUGAAACCAUCCAAGACCUUCUCGACAAGAACAAGAAAGAGUGCAAUAUCAGGGUGACCUCAGAUCCGAAGCGAGGAGAAGUGGUGUUCGUGGAGAACAUGCUCUCCGUUCCUGUCACCUCGGUUCGUCAGAUAGCGCAUCUGAUGGAGAAAGCGCGGAAACAUCGCAGUGUCGCUGCAACGAAAUGCAAUGAGCGAUCUUCGCGUUCGCAUUGCGUCUUCCAACUUCACAUAACGGCGAGGAACUCCAUCAAUGAGGUUAAUCGGGAAAGUGUCCUCAAUCUCGUCGAUCUUGCCGGCUCCGAACGCGUCAAGGAUUCGGGGGCGGAGGGGGCGCGGUUCACGGAAACGAAAAACAUAAAUUCGUCCCUGACUCAGCUCUCUACGGUCAUGAUGAACCUCGGCAAUAAGGCCGCACACGUGCCCUAUCGGAACUCGAAGCUCACGCAUUUAUUAUCGACGUCUCUUGGUGGCAACUCGAAGACUCUCAUGAUUGUGAACGUAUCUCCCGCUGCUGUUCACGUGAACGAGACUAUCAAUUCGCUGAAAUUCGCACAGAAGGUGAAUGAAGUACACAUCGGGCCUGCUUCGAAGAACAACAAGUAGGAUGAGAUUCGAGCGUGUCCCGCUCGGGAAAUAGAUUAUUGGUUUUGCCGUUUGGUUCGGCUGAUCGGAUGAUAGACAU